CGACCUGAAACGCGCAUGUCGGUUAUUGGCAGCGGCGCUGGGCCGCUAAGCACACCGUCGGGCGCCAACGGCCGCCCCUCGAGCUGGGCGUGGGGCGGGGCCGCGCGGUGCCGGCCGCUGCCAGGCGCUGAACGGCAGUGCGGCGCGUCGCUGCGUCCCGUCUCGCUUCAUAGCCUCGCCAUGGCGGCCGGCAGUGAGGAAGCGCCCGAGCGGCUUUACGAGCUGGUGGUGUUCGGGGCCAGCGGCUUCACCGGGCAGUUCGUGGUGGAGGAGGUGGCGCGGACGGCGAGCGGCGGAGAGCUGCGCGGCCCCCUGCGCUGGGCCGUGGCCGGGCGCAACCGGAACAAGCUGCAGGAGGUGCUGGAGCGGGCGGCCGAGCGGCUCGGGAAAGCGGCGCUGGGUCCGGAGGUCGGCGUGCUGCUGUGCGAUGUGGGCGACCCGGCGUCGCUGGCCGCUAUGGCGAAGCAGACCCGGGUAGUGCUCAACUGCGUGGGCCCGUAUAGAUUUUUCGGAGAGCCUGUAGUGAAAGCUUGUGUGGAAAAUGGUGCAAGCUGCAUUGACAUCAGUGGAGAGCCCCAGUUUCUGGAAGGAAUGUACCUGAAAUACAAUGAACAAGCUGCAGAGAAGAAAGCGUAUAUCAUUGGAAGCUGUGGCUUUGACUCCAUACCAGCUGAUAUGGGAGUGCUGUACACCAGAGACAAGUUGAAAGGUACCUUAACUGCUGUUGAAAGUUUCCUGUCAGUAGAAUCUGGACCUGAGGGUUCUUGCAUACAUGAUGGGACCUGGAAGUCAGGUGUUUACGGCUUGGCAGAUCAAAACAACCUGAAGGCACUUCGAAGGAAGAUUGGAUAUUCCCCUGUGCCAGUAGUUGGUGCGAAACUUAAAAAAAGAGGACUUGUGUUUUACAGUCAGGAGUUCAAACAAUACUCAAUUCCAUUUAUCGGAUCUGAUGUUUCUGUUGUGAAACGGUCGCAGCGCUAUUUGCAUUCACAGUUGCAGGAAACACCCGUACAGUACAGUGCUUAUAGGACUGCAGGUGGUCUUGGCUCUGUUAUGAAGCUGAUGUUUGCUGGCAUUUUAUUUCUUCUUCUUGGGAAAUUUAGCUUUGGAAGAAAACUCCUGAUAAAAUACCCAGAAUUUUUCUCUGCUGGACACUUUACAAAGAAAGGACCAACCCAGGAACAGAUUGAUGGAACCUCCUUCACCAUGACAUUUUUUGGUGAGGGUUACAGUGAGGGGCAAGAUCCACAGAAUGGCAAACCAAAUGUAAAGAUCUGCACUCAAGUGAAGGGACCAGAGCCUGGCUAUGUUGCUACAUCAAUUGCAAUGGUUCAAGCAGCUGUUGCUCUUCUGGAAGAUUGGACUCAUCUGCCUAAAGAAGGUGGUGUGUAUUCUCCAGGAGCUGCCUUCUCUAAAACGAAACUGAUUGAUCGCCUCAGCAAACGUGGUGUUGAGUUCUCUGUUAUUAGCCAGCAAGAAGUCUUGUGACCUAACAUCUUACCUGCACCCCAUUCCAAUAAAGCUCAUUGGGCUGUAAAAGCCUCCUCAUAAAAUAGUUGCAUGAUUCUGCUGUAAACAACAGCAACAGGUGAAAAAUUGAGUUUAAAAUUGUGAUGUGAGAAAACACACAAAGGAUACUGACUUAAUUCACGAACAUAUCAAAUCAGUGAUUUAUUAGGUACUAGAACUUUGUUUAAUGUCUUUCACCUUAAGUUGCGGAACAGCAGCCUCAGUUACUGCUUAAUUCAUUCUGCUUCACAAUUAACCACAGUCUUCUCGCCCCAACUGUUUAAAGCAGGCAGGCCCUGGCUAUCAAGUGCCUUAGCAGAGGAAACUGCUAGUUACUCCUCAUGUCUGUUUGGGAUAGGCACUAUUAGUUUGUGGUGUUACUACUUUGAAAGCCUUACUACUCAUAGUCAAAUAAAAGUAGCUUUUCUCCUCAGGUUUGAGGAAUAGAAUUGUCUUUUUGCUGUAUUAUUCUAAAGAUCUGUACUGCUGUCUUAAGGUUUGUUGACUUUUCAGCCUUACUAGCUUGCUGUACUAAAAAACAGAAAGCACAAAGUUUGUCAGUGUAGUGAGCUGAAGAGCAAUUACAAUUUCAACUGACAAGUCAUUCUAGAAGAACGUGUGCAGUAUGCAAGACAGCAUCAAGAAAGAUGUAUUUACAGUAUGACUAUUUCUAGUAGUGGCCUUGUCAGUAUAGUAACUGAGAAAUUAAAUUACUUACUCAAAUUACUUAAAUUGCUGGAACAACUUUCCACAUUUGUUUGUAAAUAUUAAAUUACCAUUCAUGAGUCUACAUCUGAUUCUUUGUGGUUGAAUGAUAAUACAUCUAGCAAAAUAUUUUUUUUCUAGUCUAUGUACAUUUAAUAAUAUAUAACAGCAUUUUUUUCCCCAGUGAUACAACAUGUUGAGAUCAGAGCACUGUUGCAGAUGAAGUAUUUCAGAAAUCUUACAAGUUUUAGUCUUAGGCUGAAACAGAUUUGUAACGAGUGACAUCAUAAGCAAACAAGCUGCCUUGACUAUGCUGUACAUAGAAUGCACAAUGGAAAGGAAAAAAGCCCACAAAAAUGUACAGCACAAAUUAGCAGAAUAGUAAAAUUCUGCAGGAGCAUUAUGGCUGUUCAUGGAAAAACACAUUAAGUCUUAAAAAACAUCCAUCAGUAUGACAGAAAUGGCUCUGGGCAGCCUGGUCCAGUGGUUGGCCACGCUGCCCUUGGCAGGGGGGUUGAAACUAGAUGGUGUUUGAGGUCCUUUUGAGGCCAUUCUAUGAUGAAAUACAGUUUCUCUUUCAUAGAAAUUGCUUUAAAGGAGGAACCUUAUAUUUAUAUCUGAUCAAAGGAUAUAUUUGAAGUGCAAAACACACCUGACGUGGAAUUCAACACCACAGUGUAAUACAUAUUUGUGAAGGAAAUCUCCCCUGUACUUGCAGCCAUCAGUUUCCCAAGGUUAAUAAAGAACUUACUUGAUCAUGUUACGUUGUGUUAAUUAUCCAUGAUGUGUAUUUUAAUUCAUCCAGUGUAGAGCUGCGUAUUUAACAAUAAGUCAGGGUUGUUGCUGUGAUCCUCUAAGGCUAUCUUUCUGAUCUCUAUUUCUGUUCCCAGUAAGAGAAUUCUUGAGGGCAAGGAAUAUUCUUUCUGUUAAUGUUGUUGUUUAUAAACCAUGCCAUUUAUUUGGUGCACGAGCCUAACAAAAAUUACAAAUAUCUCUUAUGUUUUUAUAAUAAUUACUUCAAUAUUUUAAUUAAAGUGAAUAAUGGAAAUUAUUUUUUCUAUAUUAUUAAUAAAUUUGUUCAGAAUACUUCUA